GCUGUGAAUGGAUAAUGGCCACUUUAAAACAUCACGUCUUUAGUGGUAUUCUCCGGGAGGUGACCAUACGUGAGAGAUGUUUAUUUUGUACAUCAACCAUCUGUGAUAACGAAAAAAAAAACAAAUAGUUAAGGUAAAGUAGAUACUUCUGGCGCUGCUUUUAUAGUAACAAAGAUGACUUUUGUCAACAAUUAAAACUAUAUUGAUACUUUCAGGCUAACAAAUACGACUUUGUCAAGAUAAUGUAAGGCAUGGUGAUACUUUCAAGUAACAAAGACGACUUUGUCAAGAUAAUGGAUAGUUAUUGAUAUUAUUAGUGUAACAAAGACGACUUUAUAGUAUUGUAUAUUAUACUAUAUUGAUACUUUUAGCGCAACAAUGCCGACUUUAACACUAAAAUGAGUCCGAGAUGAGAAAGUAACUUCCGCCUGCCCUGCAGCGUGCGAAUAAAUGAGAUGUAUCGACCUACUGAGUGUGAUACAUUUGUUGAUAAUAAGUUUCAAUAAUUUAACUACUACUCUUACUUUGUAUCAAAGCCAUAAGUAGAAGAGUUUAUGUGGGACGUCCUUAAGGAGGCGGAGGGAUACGGAGCCCAGGGGCGAUGACGUAAUUGGUUGCUAGGUGAAAGUGACCUGAUGCUCUCGCACCGCGAUGCUGUUGUUCAGUUUACUACUCGACCGCCACGCUGUGACAACAACUCUUCUGUCCUUAGCUGUCCAGAGCUGACACUAUGGCCUUUUGAUUUCUACUACAAGCCGCACUUUCUACUACAAGUCGUGCUUUGCUUUGGCAACGCACCCCCUCUAAGCUCUCUACUAUUUCUCUGCAAGAAUGGAGUGUCACGAUGCCCACCCAGCCCUGCUCUCUGUGGCCCAGCUGUCUGACCCUUCCUGCUCUCAGCAUAUGCUCCGACUUGGACUGAACCAAAGCGCCGACGGACAGAAUGACGAUGGCGACGCCAGCUGCUGUUUGGAAGACUUUUCGUGGGUGCCCGGCAGACCCCCUUGCUCUCUCUCACCCACAGGCUAACCGCAGCCAAUCACAGGGGUGCAGGGGGGAGGUGUCAGAGGGGAGUCAGCACUUAAUUGGUGAUGGUCUCACUGACUGGAUGACGGAAGAAGUGGACUUCUCCUCGUACCUCCCAAACCCUCCCUCCCCUCCUUCCUCUACCAAUGCCUCCCUUCCCCCAUCACCCCUUCACAAUGAUAUCCAGGUGCCCUCUGACUUGGAGGUAAUGACCUCUCUGCUGCAAGAGGAGCUAGCCCAACUGGAAGACUACUUCCUAUCAGAGCCACUGCCAGAGAAGGGUCAAAGGCUGGGAAAAUGCGAAAGGGGUCCGCAGCUGACGGGUCCUCAGCAGUUCACUCAGAUGCCGUACACGUCAUACGCCACACCCAACCAGUCGGAAUCCAGUCCAUUUCUUCUCACCCUGGCAACCGGAGAACUGGACUUGCUGGGCGUGUGUGGCGGCCCCGUUGGACGAUCCAAAAUUCCCAGGCACACCCCGUACAGCUGCGGUCGCCCCAGUGCAUGCGUUAGGAAAAGAAUCCCAGAUAGUGUGAGAUUCAGUGAAGGUUAUGACAGCUGUUUAAGUUCCAAAGGAAGCAACUCAGGUAAUUCGGUAUUCAAUUAUUGCUGCGUGGAAGAGGAGCAGCUGGUUGGAAAAGGCUACUGUCUGGGCAGUGCAGUCGAGCUCAGGAAAUGUGCCGUGCUUGCAAAAGAAGAUAAAACCUGCUGCUUCAGUCACAAUGGCACUGGGGAAGCAAAAGUUGCUGGCAGUGGAUUUGGUUUCGGCGCAUCGCUUGAUGACCCGCCAAAGAAAGAAGACCUGUUGAUGUAUAGCAUGAGAGAGGUGAGCGGCGGCACAAGUAACAGCGAGGUGCUGACCAGCAUUAAAACUGGUGUGGAGGUGACAAAAGCGACAGUUACUUGGAAAGCCCAGAGCAGUGAAGGCUGUUAUCUUUCGGGAACACCCCAGGCUGAGGCCUAUCAUAGCUUCUUCACUGAGCAGGUCAAAGCGGAGAGUCUGCAGAUAGGGCAGCAUGACUUGCACUGUAAUUUUCUGGAGGAUCCAGGUCCAGAAUGUCUUUUGAUGGCCAGGGACAGUCUGAACUUGGAGUCUUGCAGGUUGAAGGAAGACCACUGUGCUGUGAAAUACGAACUGGACAUCAUUCCCGCAGAAGGCGGAGAGCGCAAACAGAAGAAGAGAGAUCAGAACAAAACAGCCGCUCACAGGUAUCGCCAAAGAAAGAGGGCGGAGCUCGAUUCUUUGGAGGAACAGCUGCAUUGCCUGGAAGGGAGGAACCGUGAGCUGCGGGAUAAGGCAGAAUCCGUCGAGCGUGAAAUCCAGUACGUCAAAGACCUCCUGAUCGAAGUUUACAAAGCCAGAAGCCAAAGGCUCACGCAGGACACCACAGCGUAACUCCAAAUUCCCACCAAGAAGGCAGGGAAGUUAUUAUGUUGACUGUCCAGAAUUGAAUGUUUUUGUUUUUUAUAAUGCAUGCUUUUGGUAAUGUGAUUUUUUUUCUUUUCUUUCUGUAUUCCAAUUCAUCACAAAAUCGAAUGCUUCCGUAGCUUUCCCACACCUCUGGAGGCUGGUAAUGACAAUCGCUUUAACACUGUGUGAAUCUACUAAUUGUACUUUAUUUUUACAAAUAUUUGACUGAUUCUGCAGGUUUAAUAUUUUGCUGGGCUUACAUUACAACUGAUGUCUCAAAAUUGUUGUAUGUAAAAAAAAAAAAAUGUUGUCAACAUACAUUUCUAUUCACCUCUAUUUUAAAACAGAAUUGAUUUUUGGAAUAUUUAUUGUCUAUACAGAAAAGAACCACUUCAGGACUAUAUCUUAUACAUGUAGCCUACUAUUUUUUUCCUUUCCGUUGACAUCAAUGCAUAUUUUGACUUGAUUUUGUAUUCAUUCAAACGAUAUUGCUGUGGAAGUUAGAGGGCAUUGAUGGCUUCAUGUUAAAUGCAGCACUACUGAAUGAGACUGUAAUGUGAUGAGCAGGUGUUUUGUUCUUCCUUUUCAUAUCUGCUCUUACAUUUUGUUUGAGUCUCCUCAUUUUAGUUCUUCUAAAAUUCCUCUAGCCUGCUGUGCUUGCUGUAAAGUGAAGACAUGUGACUACAUUUGAUGAAAAAAUGUAAAUGUCAGUCUAUUCUGCUCAGGAUAAUUUGCCCUUCAAUCAACCAUCAUUAGAAAAAAAUACGUCCUCCAUAAUAUGUGGAAAACAGUCCACUUUUUUUCGUGAAAUAUAACAGAUUUUCUGCAUGUCUUUAAAACUCUCUGGAAUAGAAAAUGUAGAUUUAGGGAUGAAUCGGCAUCAUUGACUCCUUACUAAUGCAAUAUGUAUUUUAGCCUCAGGCUGAGCUGCACUAAUUUGUACCACCUUUUAUAUUAUAUGUUUAACGAAUAGAGUGUGGUAGUCUUUGCUUUGUAGAGAAUUAACUGAGAAAAGUCUCAUAAGAUUGUUAAAGACGCUGCUGCCUAACUUUCAUCAACGGAAGAAUUCUGGACAUAUUUUCUUUCUAUGCAUUUGUUUUAAGACAAUCUUGAAUCUAGGCGCUGACCAUAUUUAUUCCUAUUCAAAAAUAAUGACAGCAUAUUUCAUCUUAGUGUAUUUGUGUACUGGCGACCUUUUUCUGUUUAAAAUAAACGUGUGGCAUUC